UAAGCAGGUGUGUGAGCAGCAGGUGGUGUGCGGAGCGCCAAACCCAAACUUUACGCACCGUGCGGCUGCCUCACCUUCACGUUUCUCUUUCCCUUAGUGGAUUAACACCUGAGCAUCAACUGCUGCCUUUCCCACCCGACCACAAUGGAUUAAUGUUUUUCCAGGGAGUCAUGCUCGCAUUCUCGGCUCAUCUUAAGUCGCGCGGCGGGGUCUUUGCAGGGAACCGAUCCGACUUGGAAGCCCUCCAUUCCCGUUUCCGCAUUCCCGCAGCCACCGUGCGCACUGCAGGCGUGUAGCUCAAAUCCACGAUCUCAACGAGAGAGAAAAAACCGGUUCCUCCGGCUAAUCUACCCAACUCUUGCUGGCGGUGCAUUAUGUGUCCAGCCAGAGGAACAGAGGGAAAACGGAGGACUGAACGGCCGGUGACUGUAGGCUGUGAACGGCCGUUUUCAGCCUGAAGCGCGUCUUAUUGAUCGGUGUUACGGUAAAACCUGGAAUAACCCCGCCACGCUCGUUCGUGUCCCGGGAUGGAGAGUUGCUGUCGCUGCUGUAUGCCGUGUUUAAGCCCCCUCUGGAACUACAUUUGGCCCGAUCCCCGCUAUCCAUAUGUCUCCGACAACAACCAUGUCAUCGCCAACCCGGCGGCGAUGGAGAUCCCAACCGUGUCCGGUGAAAUCCGCGUCCCGUCGCCCAAGAGGCGGCCGGUGCAGCUUUACGCGGCGCUCUUCGACUUCCAGGCCCGCAGUGACGACGAGCUGACGGUGAAGGAGGGUGACAAGUUGUCGGUGAUCGAGAAGCGGGGGGAGUACGUGCUGGCCCAGAAGCUGACCGGGUCUCAGGGGUCCGGACUGAUCCCGGCGAACUACGUGGCUCUGCUGCAGGACGAGUUCGCCAAAUACAAGUGGUACUACGGGAACAUAAACCGUGUGAAAGCUGAGAAACUGCUGCUGGCCUCCCAAAACAAAGAUGGCUCCUUCCUUGUUCGCAUCAGUGAGAGUCACAGUGAUGAAUACACAGUCUCCGCCCGGAGUGAGGGGAAGGUGUCCCAUUUCCGGAUCCAGCGAUCCUCCAUCGGCGCAUACUUUGUGUCGGAAAACGUCUCCUUCGCUACGCUGGGAGAACUGAUCUCCUACUACCAAAAAAACGGCCACAGCCUGGGAGUGUUGCUGGUGGAGCCCUGUGCCCAGCAGCGGGAGCUGUUUGACAUGGAGCAGUGGGAGACACCUCGAGAAGAGUUCAGACUCCACAAGAAACUGGGAGAGGGACAUUUUGGAGAAGUAUGGGAGGCUGUGUGGACCACAAAGAACAAGAAAGUGGCCAUAAAGACACUGAAACAAGAGGACAUGAAGCAGGAUGAGUUUGUGAAAGAGCUUCAGGCGCUGAAGACCCUCCAUCACCCGAAGCUGAUCCAGCUGUUGGCCAUGUGCUCCAGAGGAGAACCGGUCUACAUUGUGACGGAGCUCAUGACCAAAGGAAACCUCAAGUCCUACCUCGCCUCUGCUCAAGGCCAGAUGCUGAAAUCGGCUCAUCUGAUCUACAUGGGCAGUCAGAUUGCAGAGGGCAUGGCCUACCUGGAGGACAGAAAGAUCGUCCACAGAGACCUGGCUGCCAGGAACAUCCUGGUGGGAGAAGAUCUGGUCUGCAAGGUGGCCGACUUCGGACUGGCUCGGAUUAUUAAGGACAGCGUGUAUACAGCCAGUAAAAACACAAAGAUCCCGGUUCGGUGGACGGCUCCAGAAGCGGCACUUCACCAGCGGUUCUCUGUAAAAUCAGAUGUCUGGUCUUUUGGGGUCCUGCUGUAUGAGAUGAUGUCACGCGGCAAGAUGCCUUAUGAAGGAAAAAGCAACAAAGAAGUGUUGGACCUGUUGUCAUCAGGGUUUCGGCUGCCUUGUCCAGCCCGCUGUCCUCAGAUUAUUUACCACAUCAUGAUUGAGUGCUGGGCCCCUGAGCCCUCCAAGAGACCCUCCUUCCACGCUCUGUACAGCCAGCUGGAUUCAAUAUAUACCAAGAUAUAUUACAAGACUAUAGAGGUGUAGAAAGAGGGAGAAAUGGAGGAAGACGAGGCGCAGAAGCAGAAUGGACUGCAAAAAUGAAGACAGAAAACGGGGGAUGAGAAAUAAUGAAUAUUCUCCUACCCCAUGUAAUCUACUUCCACAACAGGGUAUAUGUACUUAUAAAACACCAAGGUGUGAAAGGACAGAGGGAGGAGAGCAUUAAAAGCGGACAGAAGUGAGAGAAGAUGCUCAUCAAGUCAAAGAAGAAGGACGGGAAAUUAGAGAUCCUCUAAUUGAAAGCAAGGCGGACAAAUGAAUGAAGUAGCCUGAGAAAGGUGUGUAAAUACACUUAUCCAAAAAAAAAAAAAACUUCCACUAAAACCCUCAGCACAUUCACAGAACAGACUUUUUUUUUUUUAAUUUUAUACACUUUUGUGUUUUAUAAAUAAUAUUUUAUUACUUCUGUAUGUGCCAUGUCUGAGUAUGCACACUUCGAAAAGUUGUGAAAUCACUGGCUAGGACUUAAAUCACUCAUUUGUCUUGACUGCAAAGACAGGGCUCAAAUUGAGGUUGUGUGCAAUAAAGUAAGUGCUUGCUGGGUUUUUUUUUAGCCACGCUAGCGGCUUGGUGCCAGAGAUGCUAAUAUGGAUGCUGUCGGUCCAAAACUAGAUUUAGAUGAUUGCUGUGAUAUUUGGUACAGAGCUUAGUGUUAUCUAAUUGUCUGAUUAGAUAAUCUAACAAUUUUGGUGAUCCCAAUGUCCUCUUGUCCUUGUUUCGAGUAUCUAAUCAUGAAGUAAUAACCAAAUUCCCAUCGGCUUUAGCUGAACCCUGAGGUUAAACGAUAGAUCUAAGCUAUUUCAGAAUGAUCACAGCAACCAAUAACUCUUUCGUUCUACAUAUAGCAUGCGAGCAAGACAGACUUCAAAUAUAACUUUUAAAGUUAUAGUGUGACAUUUUGGAAUAGACACUUUUUUGCUCUCUUGCCGAGUUACAGUUAAUUAGAAGACUGAUUCCUCACAGGUUUCUUUGUUAACCGUGGAGCUCCAGCCAGGAGGCGAUUAGCCUAGCUUAGCAUAAAGACUGGAAGCAGGGGGAAACAGCUAGCCUAAAAAAACAACACCACCACCACAGCGGUAGCUUGAUAGGACACUUUUACAUUAUUGACACUGUGUAACAUUAGAGUCUUCCUGUAUUGGAGACAGCCUCUAUGGACGUUUCAUUAGCUAAUGGCAGAGGAGAAGAGACCAGAGAUGACGAUGACAGAAGAAGCUAAGGAAAGAAAAAUAGAGUUACCAAGAAAAGUCAAACGGAUGUGGGCGAACACGGCAAGACAGAUGUAAAGCUGGCAUUUUUCAACCAAAAAAAAGUUCACUACGCCCGGCCCAAGCUCCCAGGAUCAGAGCUGGGCUGUGAGUCAAGUGUAGUUGACUCUUGACUCACAAGAAAAGGAGCGUCACAACUCCCCCAAAACCUUUUUUUUAAAUCAAGUCCUAUAAUAUUUCAAGUCAAGAAGAGCUGUAUGAUGCCAACAGGAAGUCAGCCGCUUGGCUGGAGAAGGACUUAUGGCAUGCUCUAUAAGCCCAAAAAUGUUAGCAUGUUAGUUUGCUAAAGUUUAGCAUGUAUAACACACUAAAUUUGGGGGGGGGGGGGUGCUGAUCAUUAGCAUGUUAAUACAUUUAGUACAGCUUAGACUGAUUAAAAGAUAAACCAGGCUGAGUCUGAGAGGUCCUAAAAUGGCCACUGUUCAGAGGACGCAAUGACAUCCUCAGGACAACUCGGCUCAACACUUUAUAAAAGAGUCAAAGUUUCCUCUUUCCUCUUUAUUUUAUCCAUCCACCAGUUUUAGUUUUCUGGCCUCAUGGGCCCUCUAGCGUGGCUAUACACCGUUGAGUCUUAUUAACCACAAGCAUAAAGUAUUUUAUUCAGCCUACCUUCUGUUACAGGGAUUUGAGAAGGUUUUGGCUACAUGUUACUUAUCUAUUACGUCUGGAUACAAGUUUCGUUAGAAUAGUGUGGGGAUUUUUUUAAUCCUCCUAUGAUACAUUUUUGGUUUUGGCUUGAAAAGCCAGUCAGCCAUAGUGGCACGUGUACAAACCUUAAAGUUAUUAAACCUCUUUUAGAGGCUUACAGUAAUGGCCAGUUAUAACUAGCGUGCCUAUGUUUACACUGCAGACUCUGUCCACACGAUACACUUCCAAAUAAAUGUAACUUAUUAAAUAACUUUAAAGCGAACCCAAGGCAGAAAGACCUUUCUCAGUGAAAUCCAGAAGACUCUUUUAAAAGGGGGGGGGGGGUUUGUGCACCAUAAAAUUGUACAACAAUGUUGAAAUGCAAUGCACUUUGAGAACAAUGCAACUUUUGUCUUUUAUGCAUGACAUUUAUAGCAGACAAAGCCAAUUUCAGGAAACUAGCCAUAAUCACCAAAUCACAAGAGUGAAUUUCAUGUGUUGGGCUGUGUGCCAUGAGGUAUCAAACAAAACACCAGUAGUGUAAAGAAUAAAAGUAUUUUAAGUAU